UUAGAUUUCUUCCAAGUGAUAGAUGUGGCCCAGGCUUAUGCAAAAAAUAGUGUAAAGGUCUGUCAUACUACUUUUUCUCAUCAAAUCAGUCAGUCUUAUGGCUUAACCUUCAUGACUGUUCUUGAUUCCCUCUCUCUCUCUUUCUCUCUCGCUCUCUCUCCCCCCUCUCUCCUCUAUUUGGAUCUGUUUACAGCAUUAGUUAGCUGACAUUUCUUCUCCUCUUCCAGAGCAGUCAGACGCGCUUUCAUCUGAAAGAAGGAUAACCUGUUGUACGACCGGUCCGGACCCAAACUCCCCAGCGGACAUCCGGGAGUACGUUCAUGACCUGAAUUCCCUCCUGCAGCCUCACAUCCAGCGUAGCACGGCUUCCGCUUCGGAAGAGCCCAAAGAUGGAGCGCGUCCAGCACAUCACCAAGUCGGCCAUCCGCCGCGCCUCCCAAAUCGAGGUGACUCCGCAGGCCAAGCGGAACCUGCAAGAGCUCUUUGUCAACUUCACCCUCAUCCUCAUCUGCCUGCUUCUCAUCUACAUCAUUGUCCUGCUGAGCAGCUAAGGGGGCCACUGGGGAGCGGGCACCCUCAGCCUUCACUGACCCACAACACGUCUGACUGCACAUCUUUCUACGGCUCCCGGUUGCUCCCCGGCCUGGUGCAAUUGAUUUAAACCCAAGUUGGCCACGUGCCCACAGUACAGAGAUCGGCAUUUUACACAUUUACUGUUAAAAAUAAAUACAUAUAUAUUUGCAUACAGUAUCUUCCAUUCUGAGGGUGAAAAAUGAAAUUACCACUUGCUGUGCAUUUGUCAAUCAACAAGUAGCAAAAGGGGCUAUCGCUGAGAACAUCUUUUGCUGUGUUAGAUGACCAACACAAUGCCGGUCACAAAUCUAAUAUAACUCAUCCCUUUGGGUCGUUGUACAGUUCGUAAAUCUACAAAACUUCCGUUUGGAAGAAGCAACAACUGCUGGCCAAAAGACACAAUUUAGCAAAAUUUCCAAUGAAGGUCUGAACUGCACGUAACCUUGUAAUCUGUUAUAAUUGAAGAGGGUUUCUUUGAUCAAGUUACUAUCCUUUGAUUCAAUGAAAAAUGAUGCAUAACACAAACACGAAAGUCUGUAAUUAGCAUAAUCUUUCUUACAUAGUCCAAUCAGUAUUUCUGCCUCACAUCACAACCCAGCAUGACUUCACCUGAAGCCGUUUUAAGAUCUUGUGGGCCUGGCAACUUUUGCUGACUAAUACAUAUCUUUACACGUCAUUCUCGAGUCACAACACAGCACAAGGAAACCGAUUUCAGAAAUGUCCAGGACUGGCUGUCUAGAUGCUGACAAUAUUUUCAAUAUUUCAAUAUAGUGUCGACUGUUCAGAUUUAACGCACCAAAUAAAGCACAGCUGCACAA